UUUAAAAAAGGAAAUCAUUUCAAGUACUUUCCUUUAUUGAAAAGUCUACUCGUCUAAUACUUUAUUAGCUGCAGCCUAUCGCCAUCUGCUGUUUCCUAAGGGUAGUGUUUAUUGAGGAUGACCCACCGGACCCAAGUACAGAAUCCGACCAAACCUCAAAGUAGCAUCAAGUUAGCCAGAGAAAUCGAAACACGACGGAUAUGUAGGGACUUUGCCUUCCAAAUAAAACGAGAACUUAUUUUUAACAAGUCCCCAGACGAUAGUUAUAGACACCCAAGUAUACGUCGAGUUCCUUCGUGGUACAAGUGCAUUUCACAGAGAGAAAAUGCUGAGUUUUAAGUUGUAAACGCUAGACGAAAAGUGCGCGUGUUGAGCAUUUGCGGGUUUUACUUUACUUUGAAAACCGGAAACUCGCACAUUCGACGGAUCCGGGUGAGGUUGACGCUGGUUCCUGCUGCGUGAGCUGUCAGCCACGUCACCUCCUCUGGACCAACUUUCCUCCUGGACCGCUACACACACACACACACACACACACACACACACGCACAGCUGACUUUAACGACUCUCGCCCUGUCUCCUCGGGGACGCGUGAGGCCCGCGAGCUUGCAGCGUCCACACGUUUGCUGUCGAAGCGCACACGUACAAACAACAUGAACGUCUUUCGUCUGGCGGGUGACGUGUCGCAUCUGGUGGCGAUCAUCAUCCUGCUGCUGAAGGUGUGGAGGUCCAGGUCCUGUGCCGGCAUCUCUGGGAAGUCUCAGGUGCUGUUUGCACUAGUAUUCACCACCAGGUACCUGGACUUGUUCACAGUCUUCAUUUCUCCCUACAACACGGUCAUGAAGGUGGUGUUCCUGGGUAUGUCCUACGCGACCGUGUACCUGAUCUACAUGCGCUUCAAGAACACGUUCAACUCGGACAAUGACACGUUCCGCGUGGAGUUCCUGUUGGUGCCGGUCAUCGGGCUGUCCUUCCUGGAGAACUACGCUUUCACCCCACUGGAGAUCCUCUGGACCUUCUCCAUCUUCCUGGAGUCGGUGGCCAUAAUGCCCCAGCUCUUCAUGAUCACCAAGACCGGCGAGGCGGAGUCCAUCACCACCCACUACCUGUUCUUCCUCGGCCUCUACCGAGCCCUCUACAUAGCCAACUGGGUGUGGCGUUACCACACGGAGGGCUUCUUUGACCAGAUCGCGGUGGUGUCGGGCGUUGUGCAGACCAUCUUCUACUGUGAUUUCUUCUACCUUUACUUCACGAGGGUGCUUCGGGGAAAAGGGAAGAUGAGCCUGCCGAUGCCCAUUUAACACAGAAGCCUGCGUCGUACCGGCCACCCGACCCGGCCCUUCAUCUGUACGCGUGUUUUAGAAAAGGGACUAAAGGUCUGCUUUCAUUCUCUAGACCAAAAUGAUUUCACCUCUACAUAUUGAAUUUCUGUCUGACUGGUAGUUUCUUGAGCGAGUCUUGUGUGCGUUUGCGAGUGUGUGUGUACGUAUGUAUGUGUAUAAGUUUGUGAUGCUUUUUUUUUUAUUUUAUAAAAUGCAAACGUGACACUUGAAGUGUGUCCCUGAGUGAAUAACACUUUGGAAACUGUAUUUGUCCUUACUUUUCCCUUUUAGGUAGCGAGAGGAUGAAUUCACAAAAAUGUGCCUGAAGUUGACAGAAGCAUUUUUGUACAGCACUCUGUCAAAUUGUGUGCAGCUUUAGUUUUCAGACCCAGAUCCAGUGUUGAAGCUAAAAGAGUGCCCAGACACUUCUAUUCACCACCACAUUUGCCAAACUCAGUCUUCCCCGACAUUUCUAGUAAAAAAUUGUAGUAUUUGUUAAUGUGUUCUCUAUAAUCUUCCACAGUGUCUUCCUCCUGUGGUUCUGUAAUGAGACACUUCAUAAAUAACUGUCUAUUAUGUGCAAACAUUAUUUUACUUAUCGCAGAGAAUGUUAACUUUUGAGUGUUUCCUAUUCUGCGUCGUCUUUUUGUAUUAAAAUGUAUUUCUUCAUGGGAGGAAAAAAAGGGCUAAACAUUAUUGUGGAGUUUUGUCGUACCUCUCCUGUUGUGUCAGUGAGUAAAAAUGGGAAAAUGGCAUUAAAGCGUCUUGAAUUUC